AUGUCAAUGUGUUUAGAAUUAUUACCUAAUGAAUUGUUAUUCAAUAUAUUUCAAUAUCUUUCGACUCCUGAUGUUCUUCGUAUCUUCUGUCAACUUAAUCGUCGUUUUGAUAAACUUGUUGACAAGCAUCUAUAUACGUGUAAAUAUAUCGAUCUUCAAACGACAUCAAAAUUUAAUUUUGAUCUUAUUUGGGAGCAAUAUCUUUCACCACUGGCUGGUAAAAUAACUUCACUCAGUUUAUCGAACGAUGUGAAUACUCCCGAUCAAGUCGACCAAUUUUAUGCACAUGGUUUUACAUUGUGCGAUUUUCCUCAAUUACAAUAUCUUGCACUAUUUCAUAUUCAUUCAAAGGAAAUAAUGGACAAAAUAGCGAACGAUUUGCCUCAUCUAACGACUCUAACUCAUCUGACUUUCGAAAAAUCUAUCUUCAAUUAUCAGUAUAUGAUAAAUAUUAUUUGGAGUCUAUCUAAUCUUGUUUAUUUUCGUUUCAAUACAUACUCUGAUUCAGAACAACUAGCCUUUCAUACACCAAGAGUAACAUCAUCAACCAUCAAAUAUAUACAUGGCUUUUUCGAUGAACGAGACACAAAUAUAAUUGCUCUCCUGAGACAUACACCACAAAUACGAUGCUUAUCUCUUACUAUUCAUGACUGUUCUUUCCUUACUGAUUUAUCAACAAACAUAACUUCGAUAACCAAAUUGGAUUUAUUGUUUACGAAGCCCGCAUUUAGUCCAUUGGUAGAUUUUUUACGUAGAACACCGAAUCUAACUUACCUAAAACUGGAUAUGGUAUACAAUGGUAUUCAUGCACAAGUAUGGGAAAGAUUAAUUCAGAAGUAUCUCCCAAAGCUGAAAACUUUGCACUUUAAAAUGAAUUUUACAACUGUCAAAGCGGGAAGUACUGGAGAAAAACAAGUAGAACAAAUUCUUAACACUUUUCGAAACUCUUUUUGGCUUGAUGAACAUCGAUGGUUUGUUCAAUGUGAUUGGAGUCCAAUAACUGAAAAGUGUUAUGUUUACACCUUACCAUAUGCUUUUGAAAAUUUUAAUAUUGAUUUUCCGAUAUGUUCAAAAUUCACCUGUGCAAUUGAUAAUACUCCAUGUUUCUAUGAUUGUGUACGUAGACUAACGUUUAAUGCCACUACCGACCACCUUUAUGACUCUUUGACAUUGUCUCAUAUUCAGUUUUCUAAUAUCCAGUAUAUUACUAUCGAUCUUAUUGGAGCUAAACGUUUUCUCUAUACAAAUGGACAAAACGGUUCAUCGGCUUAUAAUUGUGAAGUAAAUUGUCUAAAUCAAUUGCAACACAUACUAGAACAAUAUCGUCGUGUAACUUCAUUACGUUUGUGUGGAUGGCCUUCGGCGAUUCUAAAUAUGCCUCAAUGUAGUAUUAAGGAUGUGUCAGUAUUCGAACUAGAUUUACAGUGUCGUACGGGACGGGAAUAUUAUUACACUCAAGAAGAGUGCGACCAUUUUAGUCGUUCAAUACUUGGUAUUCAAUGUAAAAUUCUUACUAUUGAUGUCAUAGAUUGGACAUGUGUAUAUAAUCUUAUUAUAAAAAUGAAUAAUCUUCAGAUGCUAAAUGUUCGAUGUCGACAUCAUCAACCGAACUCAAGUCAAGUCUCACACGAAAGAGAUCUUAUGGAAUGGUUACAUAAGAAUAUACAAGAUGUAUUUUCAGACAUCAAAAGGAUCACCUGGAAAAGAAAAUCUAUAUUUAUUGAACGUUAA